AUGGGGCCAGAAUUCAUCGACACCAAUAUGAGACUGUAUACAGGUAGCAAGAAUGAGCUCCUCACAUAUUUGGACAAGAAGCUACCAAAGGAAUGCUUGUAUCACUUGAUCUCCUCCAUAUCGCCUCACAAUGUGUGCCGGUUGUUGGCGGUGUCCACCACCUUCUUGUCGGCAGCAAUGUCUGAUGACGUCUGGAAGCGGUUCUUGCCAAUCGAUUACCAGUCGAUUCUAUCACGAGCCAUCAAUCUGGUGGAGUACGUGCCAAGGGGGAGCUCUACUUCCGCUUCUGCAACCCCAUCCUCAUCGAGAACGGCUAGCUUUGCACUGGAGAAAUCAAGUGGUGCAAAAUGCUACAUGCUGUCUGCAAGGAAGCUGUCAUUUGCAGUGUAUGGUUUAACGAUGAAUUCGAUUUCUCUACCCAAUUUCUGGUCUGUGCCUCCUUUCCUGGAACUAUUUGAUUUGAUGAUUGUCUCUUGGCUUUCCCUAUCAGGAGACAGCAGUGACACUGGGACCCAUGUAUCCAAGCAAACCAGUUGUCUACGACCUGAUAAGCUCGAUACACAGGGGAGCAAACGAUUUUAUCGACGCUUCAUGAGCCGUCUUGGCAUCGUGAUCGAUGGUGUUAGAGCACCUUGUGAAAGGGAAGAUGCUUGGAUGGAGAUAGAGAUGGGAGAGUUCUACAACAAUGAGGGUGAAGAUGCUGAAUUGGAGAUGAGUCUCACACAAAUGGAUAAUGAAGCUACGAAGAGGGGACUCAUCAUCCAAGGCAUCCAAAUAAGGCCGAAAAAGUAGGAAGAGGAGGAGCUUUCCUACGAGAGCGUGUGAAUUGUCUUGAUUAUUUUCUAUUCUACAAACAUUUGAGUUUUAUCGCAAUACUGAUUGCUACUGGAAAUCUGGUUGUGUUUGGCCUCGCUUUUGUUUGCAAUCAGAUGAGUGGUCAAAAUUUUUCAAUUUCAUGUCUCUUAAAAUCAGUUCUAUCA